GUCGCAGUGCCACCGUCGGUUAGCGCGCGCUCAUUUAAUUCGCUUGCUUUUAUUUAUUUAUUUUUUUAUUUUCAAAUAAUAAUAAAUACAAUACAAUUCACACUUUCGUGUAAAGAAAACAGGUAGGGAAAAAGCGGGAUAGCGGGCGCUACAAUAACAACAGUUGCAAACAACGCAACGCUUGACUACGAGCAUUCGAGUACUGCGGAGCUGUUUUAAGAACCCAUUAACAAGCGAUUAUAUUUAGAGCAAAUAAGAGACAAUUCACCAAAUGCGAGAAUAAAAUAAUUGUCAUGUAAUAAAAGACGCGCGGCGAGUAGGCAAUCACCACAUACGCUUCCACUUGCAUACAUACAUUCAUACUCCUAUGUCUGUCGUAUGUACCCAUAAUAUAUAAGAGCCGCUAAAGCGAAUAUUCGAAUGCGCGAUCAGAGCUCAUCAAGCAAUAAAGUCGAGCGGGAGCAGGUCAGACUGCGCAUAAAGAAGACUGAGCGAAACGUGCACAUUUUUAUUGACGCAAAAGUUCAAAAGUAAAACGACGCGUGAUCGGAACGGUACAGCGCGGAUCUCGCCCAACGUGUGUGGAUCAAUAUGAACAAAUCGUAAAAAUUAAAGAGAUUAGUUAAGCAUACUUAGAUACGUGCUACAUACAUGACAAGCACUUAUAUUAUAUGUUACAAAUAUACAAAUUCAAAAGCGAUUGGAAAAGUUGUUAGUGUAAAAGUGUCCUAAAAGCAAGUGAACAAGUGUUAUACUUACAAAAAAUAGCAAUUAAAAAAAAUAUAUAUAUAAAUCAAAAUAGCAUAGUAUAGCAUAUAGAUCUACCCAUAAAAAUAUGUCAAACUUUGACAAGUGCGACAAUGCCGCCAAGGCGCAAAUGUUGCCACAGGAUGCGACACACAUCAUUAUGGAUUCAGCGAAACCAUUCACCAGCGAUGCAUUGCGACGCAGUUCGACGCCACACACUGUUGGUGGCAAAGUGAAGAAGGCGUUAAGAAAUCGCCUCGAAAUACUCAAUUGGAUUGGUGAUUAUAAUGGCGAGUGGGCUAUGAGUGAUUUAAUUGCCGGCAUAACACUCGGUCUAACCAUUAUACCCGAGAGUAUAGCCUGCGCCCUAUUAGCCGGUCUACCCGCCCGUUAUGGUCUGUGUUCGGCAUUUUUGGGCUCCUUCGUAUACCUGAUAUUCGGUUCGAUUAAUAAAGUGAUUAUUGGACCCACCAGUUUGGUGGCUCUGGUCAGUUUGCAAUUUACUGUGGGGAAACCAAUUGAGUUUGCUAUACUUCUCACCUUUCUCACUGGCGUUGUUGAGUUGAUAAUGGGUUCGUUGCGCGUGGGCGUCAUUUUCGAAUUCCUCUCAGUACCCAUAAUAAAAGCAUUCUCUUCGGCCACAGCCAUUCUAGUCAUAGAAUCACAAAUCAAAGUUAUGGUAGGCAUCAAAUAUCUUGUAUCGGGUUUCAUUAGUUCGGUAGCGACACUUUUGCCGCGUUUACCCGAAACGAAUGUCGGCGAUCUUGGUAUGGGUGUGUUUGCUGUUUGCUUUCUAAUCGGCAUGGAGCAAAUGGAAAAUUUAGCUGAUAAUCCGAAAAUCAAUCCCAAAUUAGCAACAAUCUUACGUUAUUUAUCAUUCUCCCGCAAUACACUGGUGGUCAUAAUUACCGGCAUUGUUUCAUAUAUAUGGCUCAAUGAGGAACAUUCAGUGCCGUAUGCGUUGAGCGCCAAUGCGCUCUCGGGUUUGCCAAAUUUUACGAUACCCGAAUUUUCAGUUACAACACCUGAGAAGACAUAUACCUUCGUCGAUAUGUUAGCCGAAUUGAAUGUGGGCAUCAUAGUUAUACCCAUCAUUGGCAUACUCACGAAUAUCUCAAUUGGAAAACUGACACCCAAGGGCAUGGUAGAUGCUAAUAAAGAACUAAUAACCGUCGGUCUAUGUAAUCUGGCGGGUUCUUGCGUACAAUCUAUGCCAGUUUCGGGCGCUUUCUCACGUUAUGCCAUCAGUAAUGGCUGUGGCCUCCGAACACCUAUGGCUAAUUUGUAUUUGGGCGUCAUUGUACUGCUGGCGCUUGGUUUCCUCAGUCCCUACUUCAACUAUAUACCCGAAUCUACGCUCGCUGCCAUCUUAAUGUGUUCUAUUGUUACACUGUUGGAUCUGAAGUUACCAUGCCGUUUGUGGCGUGACGCCAAGCGGGACUUUUGCGUUUGGGUCUUGUGUUUCACCGUAUGCAUACUUUGCGGUGUUGAAGUGGGUCUGUUGGUCAGUAUUAUUGUAACUGUACUACAUUUACUAUUCAUGUGGGCGCAUCCACAAAUCUCUGUGAAAAUGGAAGAGGUAAAUGAGCUACAGUACAUACGCAUUACACCCGUCGGCGUCAUCUACUUUCCCGCCAUCAAUCAUUUGCGCGCUAAAGUGCUCAAAGCAUGCGAACGCGUCAAUUUCAGUCUGCCCAUUGUUAUGGACUGUCACAAGAUCACCGGCAUUGAUUUCACCGCAGCGCAGGGUAUCUCCAAACUGCCAGAUGAUUUGUCACAAUCGGAAACGGGCAAUGGACCUUUGUUGGUCAUUCAUCGGCUGGGUGCGGAUAAACAGAAACUCAUACAAGCUUCGGCCAAGCUGAUCUUCUGUGAUGAUGAUGAGAAAUUGAAUGAAUGCAUAACACAGGAGUCAUUGCGGAAUGGCAAUGUGAUGAUGACCGAACAAGUCAAGUCUAUAAAUGGCGUACUCAAUGAGACCCACUUAGAUUUGCAUUAUUAAAACAAGGAAGAGGAAGAGAAAAAAAGUGGGGCGGAAAAGUAUAAGAAAAAGAAAACAAAUAGAAGAAAAGGAGAACAAAAAUGAACUGAGUAUUGCAAGUAGCGAGAGUCUAUGUGAUAUCUAGUAAAAAGGAAAAUUAAAUAAUAAUUGGGACAAAUAAACACUUGCAUGCUGCAUUCAGAUGCAGGUGUAUGUAUGUACGAGUAUUUACAUAUAGAUGUAUGUUCGUAAGAUAUUUAUAUAUGCAUAUAUAGACUAUUGUACAGUAUGUAUGUAUGAAAGUAAUUGAUAUUAUAUAAGUCUUACCUAGUUGCCAUGUCAAUAUGUAGGUAUGUAUGUAUAUAUAAUAUAUAAAUAUGUCAUUGUUGUUACAAUCGUUGUCGACGUUUAGCCAGAGAGUAUUGGAAUAUUUGUAUGCGUUAAAUGCGCAAAUAUUCGCUUAGUUGUAAUUUCCAUUUAACUAUAACAAUAGCAAAAUGUUAAUUUAGGUACAUAUUUGUAUAUACAUAACAUACGUAUGGACGUGUAAAUAAAUAUAUGUAUAUAGGAUGUAUAACAGUAUUUGAAGAAGAAACAACGAAGCAUAUAAAAUAUUACAUAAAAAAAUAAAUAAAUAAAUGAACAAAAUUGUCGUAAAAAUACAAA